CGACUCACGAUUAGCCAACGGUUACUGCGAAUAUCGUCCAGUUGGCGUUCAACGCUGGACGCGAUGCCGCCGCUACCGUCGAGAGAGGUUUUAGAGUCGAUGAAGAGGGCAGACCUUCAGAGACUGUGCAAGGAUUAUGGUGUACGGGCAAAUCUAAAAACUGAAGCACUCAUCGAUUUGCUCCUCGAAACUCAAUCGGCACCACCUCCUUCACCCAUUCGACGGUCCGUUUCGACGAGGAGAUCCAGUCGUGCCGAGCCAAGCCGUACGGCCUCCCUCGUCAUUCAUGACAUUGAAGAGAAGAGAGAACAGGAAGAAGAAACGAUGUCGACGCGGGAAUCGACCCCGAUAGCCCUAGAACAGCCGCCACCCCCGCCAGCCUUACCACCAGUUCGAACGAGAAAGGCCAAGGAACUUCAAACAAGACUGGGGGUUGGACGACCAAAGGCUGCAGGAGGAGCGGGUGCACGAGCUGUAACAAGGGCUUCAAGUACGCAACGCUCAAGGAGAGGAAAACCUAGCCGGAUGUUGAACCCAGUGGAGCCCACCAUCGAAGAAGAACCCGAGACGACGCUUUCGGUGGGCGUAAAUGGAUCGCCUGGGACUCCCAACGUAUCUCCCCCGCCUGGCGCUGCAGGUCCGUCAGGGUCAUUGGCCACAGUUUCUGACGCCAUUAUCUCCGAACGGAUUUCUGAAGCUGUUGCACCCUUAAAGGCGCAGCUUCAGGAAAUGGAGCAAGAGCUGCGGUCCUUGCAUCAGCGAAAUGCUGAACUUCUGGAGUUGAAAACCCAGCUUUCCAAACUCGAAGACCUCGAAAAACGGUAUGCCUUACUCGAAGCGGAAGUGAAAGAACUUCGCUCCGAAUCCUCAAAGGUGUCCGCCAUUGAAGAGGAGUUGAAGGAGCUGAAGGGGGGCAUAGCUGAGCAACGGUUGACACCUCUCCCGUCUACGCCUAAAGCAAAGAGUCCUAAAAUCCCGCUAAUUAAUCAAGGUGUCCUUCCUUCUGCUUUCAAGGCAGCCACUUACCCUCCAAUCAACGACGAUGUUUCACCUUUAAACACACCGCGGCGUGAAGUUUCGACUGCUCCCAGUACUUUGCCUCAUCCGCAAUCGACCGCGACGACACUAGGGAAACGACCUCGAGAUUCAGGGACGAGUGACAUGACAGGCAUCCUGGAAGAGGGUGAGCAAGACGGUUUUUCCGAAGAGGAGUUGGCGAGGAAGGUGCUGCGACCUAACAAGAAACGUCAAAGAUUGUCAGUUACUGUUGACCCUCCGGUUGCUGGCCCAUCCAGGAGACCCAGUGACGUUGCAGCACAAUUGUCAGCUCCAAGGAUUCCAAGCUUUACGGUAUACAACGGAGUCGAAGAGGGUUUCGAUGAGAAUUUCGUCGACCAGCCUCCGCCCAACAACCCCCUCCCCGAUUUCUUUGCUCCGUCUCCUCCACUCAACUCAAGUUCACGACCCGGAACCGGUUCUUCCCACCAAGAAGAAAACCAAAACCCAUUUAACUUCAAUUUUGUGCCAAUGUCGUCAACCCCUGCAGGGCCUUCAGGCCCACCGGCGUCGUUCAUGCCACCAUUUCCUUUUCCUGAACCGCCCAACUCCCCUUCUCCCGCAAGCAAUAGCAUAGGCUAUCUCGGACGUGUCCAGGAUGAUCGGACGGAUAUUUUCAAAUCCUUCGGUUUGCCUUCACCCCGUCGACCCCGCUUCCCUGAAUCUGAGUCUGAUGAGACGGUAGAUCCUGCUGUACUAGGGGGACGCGGCACCUCGAAUGGUAAGCAAAGGGAAGUCAGCAGCAAUGAUGUUGCCGCUGGACUUGGCUUGACCAUGGUGCGAACAGCGUCCGCGACGGAUCCAAUGAACUUCCCUGAGCCACCUCCGGCGAAGAAAACCAUGUACGGUACCGAACUGGAAGACGAGACUCGGUUUGGUGACUUUGGUGUUGAGGGCGUUGCUUCUGGGUUUUGGAGCGGUCGGCGAUGA